UGACGGACUACGCAGUGAACCUAGGGUCUGAGACAAUGUGUCCUCCGCAUUGAAGUCGCAGCAGUAUCGAGCUACCUACCUUGUACUUGUCAUACCCCUCGAACCUAUCCGUCGACAGUCACGAGGCGUCAAUGUUUUUCGAGAUGGCUAAUAUCCAGCGAGUCAUCAUCUCGCUCAUGGUCAUUUUGACCGCCACGUUCCUGUUCAUGGGCCAGACCGCAUCAGCAGCCAAGGGUCCCAAGAUCACGACCAAGGUCUACUUCGAUAUUGAGCACGGUGAUGAGCCUCUUGGCCGAGUUGUGCUUGGUCUGUACGGCAAAACAGUCCCCAAGACUGCGGAGAACUUCCGUGCAUUGGCAACCGGCGAGAAGGGCUUCGGUUUUGAGGGAUCCUCUUUCCACCGUGUCAUCAAGAACUUUAUGAUCCAGGGCGGCGACUUUACCAGAGGAGAUGGAACUGGCGGCAAGUCGAUCUAUGGGGACAAAUUCGCAGACGAGAACUUCAAGUUGAAGCACACCAAGAAGGGCAUGCUGAGCAUGGCCAAUGCUGGAAGAGACACAAACGGCUCGCAAUUUUUUAUUACUACGGCCAUCACAAGCUGGCUCGAUGGUAAACACGUGGUCUUCGGCGAGGUCCUUGAGGGCUACGAUAUCGUCGAGAAGAUCGAGAACGUUCCCAAGGGCGCAGCAGAUCGUCCUGUCAAGGGAGUGAAGAUUGUGAAGAGCGGAGAGCUGGAAGUUCCUGCGGAAGAGCCUCUUUACUCGGACGCGCAUCCCUACUUCGAAGGUGAAGUGGAGGAGCCGGUGUCGCCGGUGAAGGAGCCUGAGACCGAGCUGGAGUCACCAGCAAAGGACAUCCCUGCAGCGGCGGACACAUCCUCCCCUGCCGAAGCCAUGGCCACUCAAGCGUACGUUCAGAAGGCAGUGUUCUUCCUUUUGAUCAUUGCGGUCGUCCUGUUUGUGGUCAGGCGGCGCAGGGCUGGUUAUGAUAAAAUGGAUGAGAAAAGCAUGGCAUAGACGAAAUGAUGAAAAUAAAAUAGUGCUUGAGGUCAGGCCUCGGAUGUUCCUGGGCUGAAAGAAGGACCUUGUUUCCAUCUAAGCUGUCAGUGACGCUAUCGCCUUCACGUGCCCGUCGUAGAGAUGUGAGACCGACUGCCCCAUGUCCGACAGCAUCGUAAUCGCCAUCUUUAAAGGCCACCCCAGUAUGAUGAUGGCCCAUCGCCACUAGCCCCCCUGGAAAAUUCAGUAUUUGGUUAGGCGCGACUUGGCGGUCGAUUGUUCCAGAGAAUCGCCGCCUUACGCUGACUGGUUGGCCCUCAAUGUAGUGCCUCCAAGGCCGCAACGAAAAAAAGUCUUGCCUGCGCUUUUUAAUUG